UUUUCGACUGCUUACUCUCAGGCAACGUGACAGCCGGACACUUUCAGCAAUUACACAAUCUCAGCAAAGCCAAAAAAUCAAGGUCCAACUUUUGUAGAGUAUAACUUGGUAUCCGAACAAGUUUCCAUAAGGAAGAAGUGUACUUCAGUAAAAAAACAUCUGAGCGUCUGAGAUCAUGGGAGACUGGGGAUUUCUCUCAGCUUUACUAGACAAGGUCCAGUCCCACUCCACCGUCAUUGGGAAGAUAUGGAUGAGCGUCCUCUUCAUCUUCAGGAUCCUGGUGUUGGGAGCCGCAGCCGAGAGCGUUUGGGGCGACGAGCAAUCUAGUUUGGUCUGCAACACAUUGCAGCCCGGUUGCGAGAACGUGUGCUACGACUGGCAGUUUCCCAUCUCGCACAUUCGAUUUUGGGUCAUGCAGAUCAUCUUCGUGUCUACGCCGACCUUGGUGUACCUGGGACAUGCGGUGCAAGUCAUUCACCAAGAGAAUAAGCUCAGAGAGAAAAUUAAAAGCAUGGGUGAGGGCCACAUGCUGAAGGAACCCAAAUACACAGAUGACAAAGGACACGUCAAGAUUAAAGGAAAUCUGCUUGGCAGCUACUUGACCCAGCUGUUUUUUAAAAUCAUCCUGGAGCUUGCUUUUAUUAUUGGACAGUAUUAUUUAUAUGGUUUCAUCAUGGUCGCCAAGUUCACCUGUUCCCAGUCCCCUUGUCCUUACACCGUCGAAUGCUUCAUGUCCCGUCCGACAGAGAAGACCAUCUUUAUUAUCUUCAUGCUUGCGGUUGCUUGCGUAUCUCUCGUACUGAAUGUCAUGGAGGUUUUCUACCUGCUGUGUACUAGGGUGGGAUGCCGGUCAAACAAGAAAAGGUCACAUAACAUUACUUCGGCUAAAAACCCCGCCAGCUUGUCGUCUUCCUGGCAUGCAAAGUUGGGCACUGAGGAUGCUUUGAAGCAGAACAAGUUGAACAUGGAAUUCGAGAGCGGUCAGAGUCUCGGAGGAAGUUUGGACGGCGCGAAGGGUGAAAAACAGCUGCUGGCGGACCAUUAGAUAUUGAAUUUUGUAUUCAAACUUUGAAAUUUUUACAAAUUCUUACAGGUCUAAAAUAUUUAAUUUUUUUAAUUGUACAAUACGUAUUUUUCUUGAAAUUUGAUCGUUUCGAUGUACUAUAGUAAUAAAUACAAAGUGUUUUAUGAAGUAUUAUGUGUAAAUAAAGUAUGUAGCUUCGUAACUUAAGCACUGGUGAAUGUUUUGUUUAUUUUGAUAUUGUCAUCAUUUUUGCCAUGUUUUCAUGUACUGCCUAAGAAUCACUUUUUAAUGAUGUGUAUUCAACGUGUAAACUGCAAAGUGCAUAAUGUAUGACAAUUUCCUUGCUUGAAAUAAAAGUUUUGUUUAUUCAA